UAAAAAAAAAAAAACAGAGCAGCAUUAGCACACGAUGGGGAAGACGAAGAAGGAGCUGAUGUCGAAGGCCCCGUGGAGGGGAGAUGACGGAGAAGAGGAAAAUACGUUCAAGGACGCCAAACUUAGUGCCACCAACCAGCCCGGUUCCACCCCUGUUAUGCACGUCCCUGGCAAGAAGAAUAAGAAGAAGCCAGUAGACGACGAGGAGGAUGACUUGGAGAUUGAUCCUGAACUCCGUUAUAGCUUCCAACGCAACUUCCAGUUUCUUCAAAGAGUAUUUAGCAUUGACACAAUUGUCAAACCUCUUCCGCCUGCCAUGGCCUACAAUGCUUCCCGCAACCUGAACUUCUUCACUCGUAUUUUCACACAAUUCUUUGAUCCUGAAGGUAUUGCUAAUGCACAAAAAACCCUUGGGUUAGGACAGGAAGAGAGGGAACGUCGUGUCCGAGAUUGAGUGGUGCAUCUCUCCCUUGCAACCGUAAUUUUCUCUGUAAUUGUGUUUUGUUUAUUCAGCUUGGAAAGAUUUGUGGUGGAUGUUUUAUUUUCGCUUAAGAUGAGAUCUUGAUGGGAUAACUGCCUCAUUCUUUUGGGCGGGUUUAAGUCAUUUGGAACACGGGUUCUAUACAUGUAUGCUCUCGUGUGCGCGGACAUCCCCUUCUAUGGGAAACUGGCAAUUGCUUGCAAAUUCUUAUGUUUCCCCUUGUAAGCAUUGUCAUCUAAAUAAGUAUAAUUGAGAGAAGCAAACUAAAUCAUCA